UGAAUCUAACAGGAAUGGGCACCCCAUUUGAGCCACCAACAAGGGAGUUAAAGAGGACGAGAGAGGAAGAACUGGCCGAAGCCCGAAGGGGCAAAAUGCUUGCAACUGCUGACAAUUAUACUCUACAUCAUAUCUCAAUUGGUGGUUCUCGACCUAGUGGGCUUAUGGCUAAUGCUCCCCAGAUUGCGCGUCAAUCUGUCCUCCCAGGCCACGGCAGUAGGAAAGUGGCACAACAGAAUGAGGAGCCCAAAUCGAUUAACCCCCCUGCACAAAAGCAACACGAUACUUAUUAUGUUCCUGAGUGCUACACCGAGGUAGUUAUUUCUAAGAAGCUGGACCAAUUUAGGUCAGAGAUGCAAGAGCGGCUGCAGCAGAUGGAGGAUAAUAUUAAAGCGAUUCAGAGGUUUUUUGUAGCAGCUCCUACACAGUUUAGAUCCUGCCUGCAGGCAAAUGCCCCUAUUGUCUCUCCUACAGAGCCUCAUCAUGACCCUCAUGGUAUGCAAGGAGGAACUAAUGCUGCUGCUGUAUACUCUGGAGGUCCCACCACUCUGUCCUUCCCACACAAUGAAGAGGUAAAGUUAAACCUCUUCAAUAGAAACACUCAUGACAAAUUUCAUUUAUGCAUAAUUUAGAUAAUUAGCAAUGUACAAACCAAGUGAUGACAGUUGGCGUAAGCAUUUCAUAAAAAAAUUAAGCAUAAACUGAAGUUAAACAU